AUGCGAGUAACAGGUUGUUUUUUGGUCCCAGUAGUCGUCCUUUACAGGAAGGAAGGUAAUAAGCUAUUCUUCCCUCGCAGUAUUAGGCGGUCGGCUAAAUAUCCCAGAAUCGUAUCAAUGCAGACACUAGGUGCCAGUGGGGGAUGUCACACGGGUGCAGUGUUGCUGAGAGAUCUAUAUGGUCCCUGGAAACGGACCGGAAAACCGGAAAUUUUCAUUCCGCGUGAUUCCUGGUUGAACCAUGCAUUCACCUUCAAAUCCGCUGGAAUCACACCUCACUUUCUUCCGUACUUUAACGCGGAGACUGCAUCUCUGGAUUUUCCAGCUUUGUCGACGGCCAUCAGGUCAUUGCCCGCCCAAUCCGUCGUCGUCCUCCAGACCAAUGCUCAGAAUCCAACCGGGUGCGACCCGUCGCCGACACAAUGGCGAGAGCUAGCCUCUAUUUUCUCUGAACGAGGUCAUUUGGCGUUCUUUGAUGCCGCGUACCCAGGGUUGGCCUCAGGAGAUAUCGACACGGAUCUCGAGUGCGUUCGCUUGUUUGCCGAGCAAGAAAUCCCUAUGGUGUUUGUUGCAACGUACGGGAAAUGCUUUGGCCUGUAUUGCGAACGCGUCGGGAUUCUCUCCAUCAUCACGCCCGAUCAAGAAGUGAGAGAUAGGAUGGAAACACAGAUGAGGCUACUUGUGCGAGCGGAGUCGGGCGCUAUGCCUGACUUUGGUUCCACGAUCAUCGAGACCAUUUUAUCAGACGAGCGUUUAGAACAGCAAUGGAGGGACGAAGUCCGCGAUAUGGCAAAGGACCUCCAGCAUCGUCGACGCACAUUGAGGACGGAACUGGAGCGCCUGGGAACACCCGGUGACUGGCGGCAUAUCACCGACCAAAAUGGAUUCUUUUCAUAUAUUCGGCUUUCUGCUGAGCAAAUCACUGGCCUUCGCAUCAAGCAUCACGUAUACCUUCAGGACUCUGGGAGGAUAUCCAUUGCUGGGCUUAAUUCAUCCAAUAUUGGAUAUGUUGCUCGUAGUAUUGACGAUGUUAUCAGGACGGACAGGAUGAGCCUCCCCCUACUCGUAUCACAAUUGCUGCCACCGCUGGUCUCUAAUUUACAAUCUCCUUUUGACUGUCAGAAGCACUGCUCCUACACGACAUAG